AUGAUCAAGCAUUGCGUCAUCCCCAACAAGGCGAAGACGAAUGUCUUUGUCAGCAUGGCGUUCGGGGGCGUCAAGAAGCUCUGCUUCCAGCACCCCAAGGUGGGGGUCAAGGAAUGGCAGUGCGCUUUCGAGCGCUUCGGCGGGAAGCAGUUUCGUGCGUUUUUCUUGCCGCCAGGCGUCAAGACGAGCACGAAGGUUAACGAGUUCUACAAUAUGUCAGACGAAGACAUAAAGGCGGGCUUCGACUACAUCCCGAAGAACGCGCCCCGCUCCACGGCCGACCUGAGGCAAUUGGCAUGGCAGACGAAGGCGCUGCGCAAAGGCGCCCCCCUCCACGGCUGGCCCGUCGCCCUGGCGGCGAAGGCGCUGAGCGGGAUCGCGGCGGAGGGCUCGCUCGCGAAGGAGGCCGGGUGGCACAUCACCCGGACGGAGGAACACUUCAAGCCGUGGGUGCUCGACGUCAUAGCAGAAAUCAUGGACCCGCUCGGCUCCCUCGUGCUCAUUGGGGAGCCGAAUUUCGGGAAGACGCCCCUGGGGCGGUCGUGCCUCUUCGCGCUCUGCCGCCGCAGCGCCCGCAUCCACCAAUUAGACCUCGAUUCUGCGUGCGUCCGUGCGACGCCCGAGAUCAACUUCCUGCGCGGGGAGCCUGGUUCUCUCACCACGGGCGACCUCUUGGAUGAUGGCUCCCUCAACCAGCUGCCCUCGAAAAUGGCCGAGGCCUUGCUGGACGUCGGCCAGUUCGAGUACAUGCGCUGGGCGCGGUGGGGGGCUACCAGGUGGGUGAAGGGCGAGCCGCGCGCCAUCGCGGACCAGGUGCACGACCCUGAGGCAGUAAAACAUGACUCUUGGCCGUCCGUCAAGUUCCAGGACUUCUUCAACCUCGUCAGGCCAGCCUUCCACGAGAAGGCUACUCGCGCUUGUGUGAUGGCAUUCAUGAAGCGCGGUGGCUUCUUCGUGAACACUAAGACCCACGCAUACUGGCGCGCCCCAGGGACUGAUGAGGCCGACGUCCAGCGCAAGUCGAUCUGCAGCUCGGCGGGGGACCUCACGCCGCCGCCGAACAAGGACGCGCCGCUGCAGAAGGAGCGGGCCUUUGUGGAGAACGCCUUCAGGCUGGACAUGGAGCUCUCUCAGCUGAUGGACGAGAACGACGCGGCGGCAUCCAUUCGCACGCCCUCUCCCGCGGAGGAGGCGGAGUUCGACCUGGGUAUAGCCAGGAUUGUGCUAGGCGACGCGAACUACUUCGUAGGUACGGUCCCAAGCGACGGGGCGGUCGGCUCGCAGGAUGUCCAGGACCUACGCCGGUUCCGACGGGAACAGCACCAGCUGAAUUGUGGCAUAUGCUUCUCUUUCCCAGGUGGCGUGUGCAGGCUCGCCACGGUCUCGGGUGCGCUGAUCAGCCCGCCCAGCGGAUCGGGAUCGGGAGACGUGCUGAUGCCCUCCUGGUUCAAGCAGCCAGGCAAGAGGGGGGCGGAGAUCGAGGGGGGCGGCGGCGGCAAGAAGGGCGGGGUGGGCGACCGCUCCAACCACAGCGGCGGGGGCAACAAGCAGGAGCGGCUCCAGCAGGCGACGAGCAAGCUCGUCCUCGUGAUGUCCCGCGAGCUCGCCGACCUGUCGUCCGCCGUGUUUCUCAAGUACGAGGUGCUGGCGUCGGGCGGCCUAGUGGCGGCGUGCCAGCAGGCGGGGCGCGAGUACGACCAGGAGUCGAAGGAGCUCAGGGAGAAGACCAAGAGCGGCGAGAAGGUGGACUUCCGCAAGAGGGGCCCACCACAUGUGUCCAUCGUCAUGGGCGCGGCAUACUACGGAGCGGCGUUCACGCCGUCGGCGGGCCCCCAGCAGCACGAGCAGGAGGAGCUCAAGAAGAGGAUGGUGGAGAUGUGGGGGAUCAUCAGGCAGGGAGAGAUGCUGACGGUGGCGAAGGCGUGCCCGUACUUUCGGUUGAGGAUCUUUCGCAAGGAGGAGGGCACCCCCCAGAAAGGGGUUAUCUAUAUGACGUUCCAUCGGGAUGUAGAGCUGGGCCAGAUGAUGGCGACGCUCUUCGAAAAGCUCGUGAUCGCGGAGGGGGGGGUGUACCUUCCAGGGCCAGCCCCGAGGGGGCCACUGGAUCGAGAAGUAUCAUCACUGAUCGGGAGCGAUCGCAAGUAGGCCGAAUGCAAUCUAGUCUCAGAUUCCAGCAGCUCGUAGCUAGAGGUAUUGUGAAUCAGAAUGCCCCCCUCGAGGCCUUGCGGGCCCGUUCCGUGGGGGCGAAUGCACGCGCAGUGCCCAGCUACAGUCAGCCAGAGCUGCCAACAGUACCAGUCGU